CCAUUUCACCCGGAUGGGGGCGAUCUAGACCGUUAGUCUAUUUCAAAUUUUCUUUCAGAUUUUUUAUAUAUUUAACUAAGAACACCUUUCAAUUUUUGAUUUCCCUAGUAACCGCCAAUAUUCUUUAUAAAAAAAGAGUCGGUAAAAAGAAAAGACAAUUUAACGUAUGCUUUCGAAACUCUUUUGUUUAAAUUAUCCAGAUAAAAGUAAGUUGGUAGACCCGAUUUUCAAAAUUCAAAAUUGCAAAAAAAGAAAAAAUGAAAAAUAAAGAGAGAAACCGAUAGGGAAUCCAAACGCAGCGCCAACAGGCGCCGCAGAUUAAUUGCGCAAAAGGGAAAUUAACUAAAAUUUCCCGAACGUUCCAAGCCCGUACCCGCCGCCUCGGAUCACGACGCUCCCUCUCUCUCGCUAUCGCCUUUGGCUGAGAAUCCCAGUCCGGGCGGAAGUGGAACAGGGAGUCUCUCUCAGACGUCGCUUUCACCUCCACGGUUGCCGGGAACUGCCGGCCGGCCGGCGACGGACAGGCAGGGCGUUGGCCACCGAAGAGGCGCCAUGGAGGGGUGCUGCCCCGAACUGCCGGAAGACUGUUGGCGUCUCAUCUUUGCUCGCCUUGCCCUGUGCCACACGCGCCAUCUCGAUUCCCCCUCCCUCGCCUGCAAGCACUUCCUCGCCAUCGCCAAUCGCCUUGUCUCCUCUCUCACCCUUCGCUUCCCAUCCCGCUCUCCGAGUCCCUUUUCUCGCUUCCCCAACUUGGUUAGCGUCGAUGUUUCCUUCGGCUUCUUCGGCGACCAGCUCGACCGCCUCCUCCGGGACCUCGGGGCCUCCGGCGCGAGGAUUCGGACACUCGACCUCUCUGGCCAGGGACGGCUGCCGCUGUGCAGGUUGAAAGAGCUCGGCCGGAGCGUCCCCACCUUGAAGACCCUCGUUUGCUCCAGAGUAAAGGCGCUUUCGGACAGAGUUCUCAUCGUGAUCGCCGACUCGUUCCCGAAUUUGGAUGAGCUCGACGUCAGCUACCCGGUGGAAGAUGGAACCGUCGAUUAUCCGGGGGAGGGGCUCGGGUCGACGGGCAAAGUGAGCGACGCCGGUGUCGAGUUCGUGUCCCGGAAGCUCCGAAACCUGCUGUCGCUCGAUCUGUCCGGGAACUACUGCAUCUCUGACCGCUCCCUCCUCUCGAUCGCCUUGAAUUGCGCUUCCCUCCGACGACUUGCGGCACUUGACUGCGAGUUCUUGAGCGGGGACGGCGUUGCAUUCGUGGCCUCGCGCUGCCGGGAUCUCGAGUCUCUGUCUGUAAACGGGAGCAGGAUCUCACUCAACCGCCCUGGGGUAAACGUCUUCCUUGUUCCUGGCAGGGAAUUGCAGAGCCUUGACCUGUCAGGAAUGGACGUUUCAAACCAUCUCCUCCUCGCAAUCUCCAAUCUUGGCGGGUCCCUCCGGAGACUGAUCCUCCGUCGCUGCGAAGGUGUCUCGCUUCAAGGUGUCUCCGAAGUAGUCCGGCGAUGCGAGCUCCUGGAGCACCUGGAUCUGGAAGCAGCCGCUUUCCUGACCGACGAAGCAGUGAAAUUGAUAGGCUUCCGGCUCACCGAUCUGAAAUUUAUCAAUCUGAGCUCUUGCCACCGUCUGACGAACGAGAGUCUUCGCACCAUUCUGACGAACGCCGCCAAUCUGGAAGAGAUUCGGAUGGAGAGGACCGAUCUGGGGAAGGGGACAGGAUUUUCUGAGUGCAAGUUCAGGAGGGGAAGGAUUCGAAGAUUGAGGCUGGGGUGGAACAAGCAUUUAGACGACGAGAUCUUAUCGGAAAUCAUCGGCAUCUGCGGAGAAAUCAAAGAGUUGAGCGUGAACGAUUGCUUGAGGAUCAGCAGGGUGAGGGGAUUGGAGAAGCUGGAGGUCCUGGAAGCCGGACGCUCCGGGUUAUCGGACGAGGGUUUGGUGGAGGUGGGGAAGAGUUGCCGGGGAAUGGCGAGGUUGGGACUCGAGGGCUGCCUGGGCGUGACGGAGCAGGGAGUGAAGGAGGUGGUGAGGAUGUGCAAGGCGUUGAGGGAGGUGAACCUGAGCAGGUGCGCGCGCAUUUGGGUGGGGCUGCUCAGUUGGAUGGUGAUCGCCCGGCCGUCUCUCCGGAGGAUCGCUCCUCCCGGCGACUUCCUCCCCUCGGAAGCCCACAAGAAGAUCAUGCUGAUCAGGCAUGGCUGCUUGCUUUGCACCUCAGAGGAAUGGAGGUCCGAGCUUCGCAGUGGCUGCAGAAUUUGAAUCUCUUCCUUGGUUGAUACUGGGGGCAUUCUUUCCGUCUAAUAACAAUGUCCCUCUGCAAAUUUUCAGAGUCGUAAUCGCAAACAGUACGCUUCUUUGUCUCUAAAGAUUUUUUUUUUUUCUUCUUCUUCCUUAGCAAACAUUCAUCGGUCCAUGCGAAGUUCGUUAGUUAAUAAAGUUUUCUCUGUCAGAUAGAUCGAUAAAUGUUUUUUUUUUUUUUACUAUGUCUCUCUCUCGCUCUCAAGAUUUACAGCAGAGGACUGCUGUAAAUUUCAAUGCAUGUCAUAUGGUUACAAAUGAUAAAUGCAUGUCUCUCGCUCUCAAGAUUUACAGCAGAGGACUUCUUUUCUUUGUUUUCUUGUUGUUGCUGUGAUUUACAUUGGUUACAAGUUCGCAUUGAUAUUGACAACAUUGGAGCAGGUAGAAGUAUUGAACUCACACCUCUUAAAUGCAUGUCAUUGAUUUCAAAUGGAAGUCUGGCUAGCCAGUGAGGGAAAAUCUUCAAAACUGAAAAUACCCUUUUCUCCUUUAAAUUGAGGGCGAGAACUGCCCAUCAAACUUUACUAAACCAAUAGCAAUAAAAAGCUCAAACAUUGUUCCUUGUUUUUUCUUGUGUGCACAAUCUUCCAUUGUUUUCUUGUAAACAACUUUGGACGAAGGCGGGAAUUCCAUGUAGGGGUGGAGUUGGUUUGAGUUCCCCUUCCCAACGAAAGUGGAAUUUCAUCUGGGAGACCAUCUCUUUUACGCCCCGUUUGAUUGCGAGGGAAAAAACGGUAGAAGAGGUGAAAAUGGUAAGGUCGUGGUAAAUUUCACUCGUGAAUGAAUGAGUGCAUCAAACGCGGUGAAAUUUACCACGGUACAAACGUGGUAAAUUUCACCCGAAAAAAAGUCGGGUCUCUCCUCUUUUCCCUCCGUCGCCUCUUCCCCUCUCCUCUCUCAGAGCCUCUCCUCUCUCGUUCUCUCCAUCCUAGCUCGUUUUCUCUCCUCUUUCCCCUCGUCGCCUCUUCCCCUCUCCUCUCUCGUUCCCCUCUCCUCUCGCUCUCUCAUUCCUCUCCUCUCUGGCUGCCUCUCCUCUCUCGCUCUCGUCUCUCUUUCUCGCCCCUUCCUCUCUGCGAAGCCCUCUUCCUCCCUGUGUCGAAGCCUGCGAUUUGCCUCUCUGUCGAAGCCGGCGAUCUUCCUCUUCCUCCUUCGCGCCGGGUAAGGGUUGGCUGAAAGAAGCUGCUUCUCGAGUAGGUCUCUUUUGGAGCUGAUAUAAAUGGUGGUCAGCUGGCUGUACAAGUUCUAAAAUUCCUUAAUAGUUUGAAGUUGAAUAAGGAAAGAUGCAGAAGUUGCAUGAAGGCAUCCUUGAAGCUUCUCAAAUUUCUUUUAUUAGUUUCAAAACUAACCACUAACAAGGUUGGUUGGCAGCACCACAACUCCAGAAGCAAGAACGUGGUUAAAUUUACAUGCGUGAAUGAGACCUACAGCUCAAGAGGGUUCAUGACAUGCUCGUUGCAUCUUUUUCCUUGGCCAUAUUUUCUAUCAACUUGAGAAUAGUGGGAAUGAAGGCUGCAGUUGCUAGCAACCUGAGAGGAAAUGCUGCUUUAUCUGCAGCACACCUGAGAGCAAAGGUGCCAAGUUUGUCUCUCUAGUCGCCCUUGGAUGAUUUCGACCUGCACUCAAUUUGUUCUCUCCACCUUGCUGAAAUAUCUUUGUGAUCUUUACCCUCAAUGAAUUUGCUGGCAUGACGUGAUGUAAUAUAUGUCCAUCAUCUGUGUAAUUUUAUAGCCUUUUAUGUCAUUGGAAAGGAACAAUUUUCUUGUAA